AUGUCGGUGCGGGUGCGGUUCUCGGCUGCUCGCCCGGGAGUUGCCUACGUUCCUGGUGGGUCUGGCGAGGGAGCAGGAGGAGGGCUAGCGGCCGAAAUCUUGGGUAAACCCAUGCCUCCACUGCAUAAAGAGGACAAUUUUCGCAUGGACGCACACACAGCAGCCAGCAUUGGAGACGCAAAUGUUAUCCAGGCGUUGUUAGCGAGCAAGCAGUUUGAUCCGAAUGAGAAGAACAUGUCAGAUUGGACUCCGCUACUGUACGCCGCUUACCUCGGCCACCAUAACGUGUGUCAGGUGCUAAUCGAAGCUGGAGCAAAGGUAGUGCGCCUACUGCUCGAGCAAGGUGCCAGUGUGGAUCGUUCGGAUACCAGGGAUCGUCAAGCUCUACACUAUGCGAGUAGCUGUAGCCAAAAUGCGGUUGCUGACGCUCUUUUGCAAGCCGGAGCUGAUCCUAACGCUGCCGACGUUGAUGGAAUGACACCCCUUCUUGAAGCUUGCGCUAGCGGUCACGAAUUGACCACAUCCUGCCUCCUUGAAUUUGUCAGUUCUCUACAUCUCUUUACUUUUUCCGCCUCCCAUCGACGGCAGUUGAAAUGUCGAAAAACUGGAUGA